GUAUCCUGGACAGCAAGAUAGUUGGGAAGGUCAAGCAGUUCGAUGGCCAACGUUCGUCAUGGAAGACGUUUGAGUUUCACUGGAAGGCCUACUUAGUGGCCAAUGAUUUUCGGUUCAGAAGGAUGUUUCAGGCCAUCGAGGACGAACCUGACGUGGCAAUGCUGAUGAAUGAUGUGGGCAGUGUGAAUAAUCCCGAUUUCGAGCCUCUCUCCAGCCAGCUGUACUUUAUGUUGGUGCUGGCAAUGCCAGAAGACAGCACGGGCGAGAGCAUCCUCUCCAACACACCUGAGGGAGAAGGCGCCCUGGCAUGGAAGAAGCUGUUGAAUGAGUACUCUCCCAAUGAGCCAGGGAACAUAGUCGGACAGUUCAGGAAGAUUCUAGGUACGGUGUUCCCCAAAGAUGCGGACAUCGUCACGGAGAUUAUGAAGUUAGACAAGGAGAUCGCCCGCUACGAGAAAGCGAGUGGCGAGUCGGUCUCAGCGAACGUAUCACGAGGCAUCCUCCUAGGGGCUCUCUCAGAGGAACCCGAUCUCCAGAAGCAUCUGUUCCGCAACCUACGGAGUUUACCAACCUACGCCGACAUGAAAGCAGAGGUGGUGAACGCCCUUGCAGCCCAGAGAAGCGUGCACGACGACGCCAUGGACAUUGGAGCGCUCAAGGGCGGCAAGUCCAAGGGCGGCAAGGCGAAGGGCAGCAAGGACGGCAAGGGCAAGAAAGGCAAGGGCUACGACUCCCAGAACGCCGAGAAGUGGUGCGACAGGUACAGGGCCGUCGUGUGCAGCGAGCAGCGCGAGCACGCGAUUGAGGCCGAGGAGAGGCAUGUGAGCAUCGCAGCGGUCAGCCACAAGCCGAAGGACGCGAUCAUGAUCGACAGCGGUGCGCAGAUCUCGGCGAUGCCCAGCCAGAUGGUGUACGACGCAGGCUACACGAUCCAGAGAUCCAAGAUCCACGAGCUGCAUGCGAUCGACGGGAGCAAGGUUCCCCACCAUGGUCGUACCGACGUCAAGAUUCGACGAGGAGAUGCAGUCCUGCAGCUGGGCAUGGAGGUAGCCGACAUCGAGUACCCCGUCCUCUCCACAGACGCCAUCACGAGGCGAGGCCAGUCCGUGUUGCACUCGCCGAUGGGAGACUGGAUUGUGGACGCUCCGAUGCUGCCGCCCGACGGCGCCGAGGUGAUCAAGCUGAAGAAGGAGCGCUCGGCCUGCUACUUGGAGUUCGACGAGAUGUUGAAGGACGGCCAGAACGCCGAGCAGAGCAAGGUCAUGGCUGCGCUCCGACCGCAGGAGUUGGAGGACUCCGUGGGCAUCUUGGCUGCAGCCCGCAAGACGCUGGCACCCACGACUGCGCCAACGAGUUCGUCUGGGGCUCUGCCUCGAGCGCUUGGACCAGACCCCUCGGAGAACGUCACCCUGAAAGCGAAGGAGCUCACGAGACCAGGACAGCCGACGGCGCAGGAGAGGCGUGCCCAUGCAGCACACCACCUGCCCUUCAGGCCCUGGUGCCCCGAGUGCGUGAUGGGGCGAGGCCGUGAGCGACCUCAUCCGAAGCAGCAGGACAGCCCUGAGCUCGACGCGGACCAGGUGCCGAUCGUGGAGAUGGACUUCUUCUUCGCAGCUACUGACGACAUCGCCAAGAAGUACCCUAUGCUCCACGGCUUCGUUGUGAAGCUCGUCGAGGCCAAGCGCAUCCCCAGGGACGAGAGACGCACGAUGAUCCCUGUGCUGAACAUCGUAGACGGGAGGUCGAAUGCUAUGGGCACACUGAUGACGAACAAGACGGUUGGGCAAUAUAAGACUCUGUACGUGGCAAAGCUGAUCGACUCGUGGGGUCAUACCACAGUUGUUCUACUGACUGAUGGCGAACCCGCUAUCGUGGCCAUAGCCGAAGAUGUCAAGAAGCAUCGGAGCCAUGGCACCAUCGUUCGUAAAGCCGCAGCGCAUUCUCAUCAAAGCAUGGGGCGCGUGGAAGGCGCCAACUCUCUGGCAGCGGGCCUCUUGAGGACCUUCAGGUUCGCGCUAGAGAAGCGGUUGGAAGUCACGAUCGACGCCGACCACCCGAUCCUACCCUUCGUGACGAACGCGAUCGGCUGGUAUGUCGCACGAUUCCAGCCGCGGGAGCACGGAGGGUCCUCCUACAAGUUUCUCUUUGGCAAGGAGUACGAUGGAGAAGUUGCCGAGAUCGGCGAGCAGGUUUGGUAUCGGAUCGCUGGGCGGGUAGCCAGCGGUCAGGGCAAGUUCGAGGCCCGCUUUGCUAAAGGCGUGUGGGCAGGCAAGUCGGAGUUUGACGACCAGCACCUAGUCGUGGACAUGCAGCGCGGGCUCCUCAAGGUGCGCACGGUGCGUCGCAUGCCCGAGGAGUUCCGCUGGUCCGAGGACCUGCUGAGGCAGAUCAGCGUGACGCCCUGGGACCCCACGCCAGCUAGGGCCAAGGAGAUUGCGAGGCCCAAGGGCCUCUACAUCGCAGAGAGGAUGAUUGACAGACAUGGACCGACUUCAGAAUGCCUCAAAUGCUCCACAGGGCGAGGACAGCACUCCGACGCUUGCAGGCAGAGGUUCGAGCACAUCGUCCAAGAGGAGCUCGAGCGGAAGCUCAAGACUGAGGGGGCCUCGCCAGCGACGCCAGCGCCGCCUGGAGUGGCGCCUGGCACGCCCGUGCCCGAGAGUGCGCCUGGUCCUAGUCAGCGCUCGCAGCCUGAGGACCGAGCGCCGGGCACACCGAGGCCAGGAGCGCAGGUGCAGGAGGCCACGGCAGACCAACCUCCCAGGAGCUCUGGCGGGAACAUCCCCGACACGCCGAUGGACACCAAAGACGACAUGACUCGCAAGCAUCAGGGCGAGGCUGCAGGAUCCGAGGACCAGGGCGGCAAGCGCCAGAGGAUCGAGCUUCUUGGUGUGAGGCCUGAGGUGACAGUCAUCGCGGGCAUGUCGGUGUGUGAGCUCGCGGUCUGCGAGGCGGACGACUCCGAGGAGUGCGACCCCGUCUGGGACCCGAUCCCCACGGCAGAGAGCCGAUGCGACGGCAGAUGCCCCUCGCAUGGAGGACGGUGUGCACUUCGAGCUGACCACCGUGGAGGCUGCGCCUGUCGGCUGUGCCUGAUCCAUGCUGCGCGCGCCGUGGAGGCCCCGAGCGCAGUGGUGGCAGGCCUGUACAGCAUGUGGGCGGGCGGUCUGGAAGACGAGGUUGAGAGCCCGCAGAUGGUCCACUACGACUACUACUCAGGCGAGCCGUUGGACGAGGAGCUCUACCAGGAGGGCAGGCGCGACGAGCUGGAGGCGAUGAAGGAGUACGGUGUCUACACGGAGAUGCCCAUCUCUCAGUGCCAGCCAGGGGGGAAGCACGUCAGGGGCUUCCCGAUCGCCCACAUGAAGGGCGACAAGGUGCGCUGGAGGUUCGUCGCGACCGAGGUGAACGACAAGCACCGCGAGGACAACCACCAGGGGACGCCGCCGCUGAUGGUCAUCAGGCUGAUCAUUUCCCUUGCAGCAUCCAAGUCUGAUGCUGACGGCGUGCACCGUCGGCUGCUGCGUGUCUGGGAUGUCCGCAAGGCGUUCUUCAAUGCAGACUUGGACGAGCUGGUCUACGUGCAUCCAGGAUGGGAGCUGUGCCCAAAAGGCUUCUGCUGGGUUUUGCACGAGGCGAUGAACGGGACGAGGAAGGCCUCGCAGCUCUGGGGCGAGACGAGCAAGGCAGCGAUCGACGACGCAGGAGGCAACCCGCUGAAGGGCACAGCUGGGACCUACUACUUCGAGAACUUAGUGGGUGACGGCAUGGACGCCACGAUGUGCUGCCACGGCGAUGACUUCUUGGCGGAGGGCCACCGCGACACCCUCGACGCCAUUGGCAACUUCCUGGAGGCGAACUUCGAGGUCACCGAGUCCGAGAGCAUAGGCCCAGGUUACCCUGGAGAGCUGAACUACUUGAAGCGCAUAGUGGGCUACACGAGUGAGUUGCCCGAGACCAGGAUGCCAGGCUUCUACUGGAGUGCUGAUCCGAAGCACGUGGAGGAGCUCAUCCGCUGGGGCCACAAGUCGGGUUCCAAGGCUGCGCCUACCCCUGGAACAAAGGCUACGGGGGCAGGCAUGAGGAAUGCCCUGGACCCACUGCCCGUGGCCGAGGCCAAGUCGACCUCGUCAGCGGCAGGACUGAGCCUGUAUGUCUCGAGUGACAGGCCUGAUGCUAUGUUCAGCUCCAAGACGAUUAUGCAGCACGUCAGCAAGCCAAACGUCCUGAUGAACGCACGUCUGCACCGGCUGUGCAGGUACUACGAGGGCGCACCGAGGCUGCUGUGGUGCUAUGAGCUCCAGGACUUACCAGAGGUUCUCCGAGUGGACGCGGAUGCCGACUGGGCGUCUACGACUAGCCUCUUCAGGACUUCGACCUCUGGGGGAGUUGUUCGUUUCGGAGGCCACACGGUCGAGGCGUUCGCAGUCAGCCAGGCAACUCAAGCGUUGUCGUCAGGAGAGUCGGAGUUCUACGCCAUCGGGAGUGGAGCUGCAAGAGGUUUGCAGGCGAAGCACUUCCUUGGAGAGGUGGGCGUCACCGUGCGUCUUGUCGUGGCCAGCGACAGUGCUGCAGGCAGAGGGAUCUGCCAGCGCCACGGUGUGGGCAAGGUGCGCCACCUCGAGUUACGGUAUCUCUGGCUGCAGGAUCGUGUACGGUUGCGACAGCUGGAGUUGAUCAAAGAAGCGACCACGGAGAUGGUUGCGGACAUCCUCACGAAGUAUGUGGAAGCAGAGACCCUGUUUAAGCACAUGGCGACCAUGAACCUGCGGCUCGUGCCGCUCGGAGCAGUGGUGGUGGGCGCGCUGCUACCGACGGUGCGCGGCCAGGAGACGGAGGAGGGCGCCAAAGGCGCGCCCUGGCUACUGAUUGUGAUGGCUUUGAGCAUAGCGUUGCUGUCUUUUCUAGUAGGCUGUUGUGCUGGAGCCAGAGCGGGCUCCACUGCGGCUUGCUACGAGCGUCCCGAGACGCUGAGUGAUGACAGCGCAGCUCCUGAGCAGACCGCAAGCGACGGAGAUGCGAGAGUGCAGCUAGUUCUUUCAAGGCUGACAGUGCCUGACCUACGAGCUAUUGCUCGUGCGAACAAGAUCGGCCUUGGGGUGGGCUAUGUGAGGAAGCAGCGCCUGAUCGAGAUGAUUAUCUCUGCUGGCGCGAGCCCCACCUGCGAGCAGGCAGAGCGCCUAGAGAGCGUUUGUGCCGUUCUUUCCAAGGCUGGUCUGAGUUGUUUUGUGCAGCCACGCCUGCUGUUCACGAAGCAGGGGCUGGAGAGUCAUUUGGUGCUGUUAGAGACGGCUUGCACGCCGUUGCGGAAGAUCUCGGAUUGCUCUGUCGUGACGGCGGGGCGCGUGGCCGAGGGGGCGCCGCGGCGCGAGGGGUGCGCGGAGCGGCCCGCGCCCGCGUUGUGGGGCCCGGCGGCGGCGCUGGGGUCCCCGUGGUGCCGAGCGGACCGCGGGCAGGACCUCGCAGGCGUGGAGACCAUCAGCACCGGUGCAGAGUCGUCGGGCUCCUGCCCAGCCAGCUCCGAGAGCCUCUCCUCGAGGUCCAGCCUGGGCGGUGCCAACAUCGCGGAGGGCGAGCCUGUGGUGGCCGCCGACAGCCGGCGAGCGCGCAGGGCCCCGCGGGCCGCAUAG